CCUCGAACAGAACACUGUACUAGUACUUGUAACACGACUUGUCCUCCUACACGAUCCUCUUCGCUUUCACUGUCCUCUCCCGCCGUCCUCUUAGUCUCUCCACGUACUCCGCACGCACCCUUACAUUUACGUACACCGCUUCUUGCUGUGGGGCUGCGAUUCGUUCGUCCAGCCUCACAACUUUCCCCCGCUCACCACGGCGGCCAAAGUUAACCUGAAACUCAUUGUCACGAGCCUCAUAGUCUUCAUCUCCAUCGCCUGCAUCCUGGCUUCCGCUCGCUUUGGGGCUCGUGUCAAGACUUUGCUGAACAACUUUCAGCUUCCUAAAUUCAGUCCAACGGCGUUUGGCGGCCAGAGGCCUCUCACGAACAUGUCAAUGGCUCCGGAAAAGUACCGAAAGCCUCCUCAAGCACCGCCAAAGUUCACGGGAACGCCGGCAAGCUUGAUAGAGGACACUAAGCGUAUUAUUGAUCGUAGCAAGAAGCUCCAAGAUGAGCUGGUGAAGAACGUUAAACCAGAGGAUGCUACCUUCGAGAACUCGUGUCUGCCACGUGCCCGCGAUGACAAUAUAGGCGCUCUCGAGACGCACAUCAUUGGCUUCUACCAAGCUGUGUCGACCUCACAAGAACUACGCGAUGCCUCCUCCGACGCGGAAAAGAUGAUGGACGAGUUUGGUAUUGAGUCAAUUAUGCGCGAAGAUGUGUUUGCUCUUGUGGACGCGGUGCUGAAGAAGGGCGAAAAAUUGGAUCCGGAAUCCCAGCGGUGGCUGGAAAAGGAUCACAAGAGCUUCAUCCGGAACGGCUUGGGCAUACCGUCUGGACCGAAGCGGGACCGUUUCAAGGAGAUCAAGAAGAGGCUGAGUGAGCUGAGUAUCGCCUUCCAGAAGACGCUCAACGAAGAGAAUGGUGGCUUGUGGUUCACGGAGAAAGAGCUGAUUGGCGUCCCGAAGGAUGUCAUAUCGACAUUGAAGAAGGGCGAGGGCGAAAACGAGGGCAAGCUGCGCUUGUCCUUCAAAUACCCAGAUUUAUUCCCGGCUUUGAAGUAUGCUAAGAAUCCCGAAGUGCGCAAGAAGAUCUUCAUUGCGAAUGAAAACAAGUGUAAUGAGAACAUACCGCUCUUCCAAGAAGCUGUAAUUUUGCGGGACGAAGCGGCGCGAUUGUUGGGCUACAACAAUCAUGCCGAAUUUCGCAUUGAGGACAAGAUGGCAAAGACACCAAAGACAGUGAACGAUUUCCUCGGUGAUCUGCGGAACCGGCUUGCACCGGGCGGCCUGGAGGAAAUCGAAAAGCUGAAGUCGCUGAAGAAAGCAGAUUUGAAAGAGACAAAUCAGACAGACAAGGAUGAUGGUCAUUAUUAUCUAUGGGAUCACCGGUAUUACGACACCAUGAUGCUGGAGAAGGACUUUGCGCUUGACCAAAACAAGAUCGCAGAGUAUUUUCCGCUCAUGCCCACGAUCACUGGCAUGUUGAGAAUCUUUGAAGAAUUGUUCGGCAUGGUGUUUGUCGAGAUCACAGGCGCAGACCGCGACGCACUCUCCGAGACGGGUAAAGGCGAUGACAUCGUAUGGCAUGAGGAUGUAAAGGUCUUCUCUGUGUGGGAUGACGCAGGUGAAGGCGAUGGCUUCAUUGGCUAUCUAUAUCUCGAUCUUCACCCUCGCGAAGGCAAGUAUGGACAUGCAGCAAACUUUAAUCUGCAGCCGGGUUUCAUUAAAGAGGAUGGCACGCGAAGAUACCCGGCUACCGCUCUUGUCUGCAAUUUCAGCAAGCCCACGGCCAAAAAACCCAGCUUACUGAAGCAUGAUGAGGUUGUGACUCUAUUCCAUGAGCUUGGCCACGGCAUCCAUGAUUUAGUCUCACGCACAACGUACUCGCGCUUCCACGGUACAAACACGGUCCGUGACUUUGUCGAGGCGCCAUCCCAGAUGCUUGAGAAUUGGUGCUGGACUCCUUCGCAGCUCAAGAGUCUGAGCAAGCAUUACUCAUACCUUUCUCCAGAGUAUAAGGCUUCAUUUGAAGAGGAUCAUCCGGACAAUACCUCGCAGCCACCCGAGACGAUACCAGACGAGCUGAUUGACAGUAUCAUCAAGACCAAGCAUGUCAACGAUGCUCUCUUCAAUUUGAGACAGCUGCACUUUGGCAUAUUUGAUAUGACAGUUCAUAGUCCAAAAGAUCAUCAGGAGAUCAAAGAUAUGAAGAUCAGCGAACUGUAUAAUAAACUGCGUAAGGAUAUCAGCAAGCUAGAUGGCCCCGAGGUGCUGGGCUCCAGUUGGGAUUGGGGUCAUGGUCAAGCUACAUUUGGACAUCUGAUUGGUGGCUACGAUGCCGGAUAUUAUGGUUACCUAAGCUCUCAAGUUUACUCCGCGGAUAUGUUCCAUACGGUUUUCAAGAAAGAUCCAAUGAAUGGGAAGGAAGGUCGCAGGUAUAGACACACCGUUCUCGAGCGAGGCGGUAGCCAGGAAGAAAUGCAAACACUGGAAGACUUCUUGGGCAGGAAACCAAAUACCGAGGCUUUCUACAAAGAAAUGGGUCUUGCAUGAGGCAAUUUAGCAAAUAGGAUAUUCGCUAGACCAUUUAAGACGCAUGCAAAGUUAUACCUAACCAAGAUACAUAUGAAAAUAUUGAGACUUCUUUGAUGAACGAUCCAUGAAUACUAGAUUCCUUUCGUUAAAUUGCCC